GACAUCAGGACUUUUCUGUCGACCAUGUCGCCAAUCGUUUCCGAGGACUCCGUGGGGAUUGCCCACACCUUGGGUGGCAACGCACGCGAGAAGCUGGCAGGUAUCCGCGGUUGGCUUGCGAGGCAUGACAGACAUUUCGAAUAUGCUGCUUCCGUCGUUGUGGGACUGCACGUCAUACUGCUCCUUGUGGCGCUGGAACUUGAAGGAGCGAGUUCUGCCGUGGCUCUGGACCUAUCCGACUGGCCAGCAGUGGCCGAGACUACGUGGAGAUAUCACUUACGGGUGAUCGACGUGGUGUUCGACGUUUAUUUUGUCCUGGAUUUGUCCAUGCGGAUGUUCGUCCAACGAUGUAGCUUCUGCAAAUCCAGCAUGAACUGCUUCGAGGCGUGUCUUACAGCGGGCUCCCUUGCUGAUCUGGUGAUCAUUGCAAACGCUGGCGGUCUUGCCCAUCCCGCAGAUGCGACGGUCCUGCAUCUGAUCCGAGCGGCUGCAUCCUUGCGACUGAUUCGCUUCUGCAAGUUUGUCGAGGGCGUCCACAUGCUUUUGAAGGCGUGCACUUCAUUUUUGCCCUCCUUAUGUUGGUCGAUGGUGCUGCUGACGAUUUUCAUGCUGGUUGGGGCACUGACGAUAGGGAACCUCCUCCAGGACUACAUCACCAAUCCGCAGCUGAAUAGAGAAGACAGAAUCUGGUUGUGGCAAAAUUACGGAACCGCCCAGCGAUCUUUGUACACCAUCUACGAAAUAACGUUUGCCGGCAAUUGGCCCGUCAACGUUCGACCUGUACUGACCGGGGCCAACCGUGCAUUUGCCGUUUUCUUCGUCGCUUACGUGACCAUCAUCGUUUUUGCUAUCCUGAGGGUGAUAACUGCCGUGUUCUUGAAGGACAGCCUGGAUGCAGCGCAGAGCGAUGCUGAACACCAGCUGAAGGUGCAAAUGCGCAAAAGGACUUUGUAUACUCGCAAGUUGGACGAAAUGUUCAAAGCGAUCGACGAGUCUGGUGUCAUUACAGAGGCUCGGCUGAACAGUCUCCUCCACGAUCCAACUGUCAAAGCCUACUUUGAGACGUUGGACCUCGAUGUGCACGAAGGUACUGCCUUGUUUCGCAUUUUGGACAACGGAGACGGUGAGGUUACGAGAGAGGAGUUUAUCGAUGGCAUUCUACGUUGCAAAGGCCCAGCACGUGCGAUUGACCAGUUGGUCAUGCAUGCUGAGCUGAAGCAGCUCGAGUCGAAGAUUGCCCAGUUCAUCCGUAUGUCGGGAUGUGCGAAAAUCGCCGGCCAGCUCAACAGCAACCGGGGAACCAGCAGCAGCAGCUCCCCGAUGACGUCGUUUCUGCGAGUUUUCCGUGACUCGGAGCGAACCUCACAGGCAUAG